AUGACUAAUUCAAAUGGAACCUAUGACAGAAAAGCCUUCACACGCCAAGAGUGGAAGGAGUAUGUUGUGGACUCUGGUCUCUCGCUUGAUCUGAACGGCAAUUCAAGCGAACUUCGAUCGGGAGGAGAUUUACAGAACAAGCGUUCGUGCUCAGAGCCUUCAAUCGCGAAUUUGCUCUUGAACUAUUUUGUAGUGAUGAGUUAUGAAGAAUCCAGCAUCAGGAUGGCAAGGGAGCUGGGAUAUGUCCGCAACAAUAAGGAUGCGGAGCUAUUCAACCAGGUUUACAAAAUCAGGGAGAGGGCCCACGUUCGCGAGCUAAUAAAGCGUGGCCGCAUUCUGGAAGCGAUAGAGUUGAUAUGCUCCACCUUUGGCGCCCAGGUGUUGGAAAACGUGAAAACGGAAUCCAGCACUAAGCCAAAAGCCGGUGAGGAUGACCUGCAUUUUAAGCUGCUAUUACUAAACCUAAUAGAAAUGAUACGAAAACACCACCAAAGCGGCGCCUCUCCGGAAGAGUCCAGUGGCUUCAUCCUAGAGCUCAUAGAGUACUCGCAGCAAAAGCUUGCAUUCAAAGCAGACUCGAACAAGCGCUACAUGAAGGAAUUGGAGCUCGUGAUGACCCUUCUCUUGUUUCCCAUGGAGAGCUCCUCAGAAGGCGAAUCAAGCUCUAGUCUGCCAAAAAGCCUACGAAACCUUUAUUCGUUAUCACUCCGUACCAAGAUCGCCGACUUGGUGAACCGCAAACUGCUUGAGUCAAUGCAUGCCGAAAUCUUGUCUUCCAGCAAUAGCGCUGCUUUCCCUGACCUCAUCGGUUUCAAGACUUUCCACAAGGGAUUCAGUACCUACAACGGUCUGCUUAAUACCAAGACAAAAGACUCAACAGAUAUUGAGUACACCACGACCAAACUCGGUGACAUCAAAGGGGGGCUUGACGCUACCCCAGCAAGCAAGCCUUGGGACACAAAUGCUUGGAAGAAUACCGCUUCUCUGCUAAAAGAAAGGGAUUCAGAAAGUGAAACUAAGCCCGAUGAUUCUGUUGAGGCAAGCCAACAAAUCCAGUACGAAGCUAAAUUAAAUCAGGUUAUGAAGCUGUGGGCGUGGUGCGAAAACCAGCUACAUAAUUGUGGGGUUGGAGUUCCCAGAGUGGAGGGCGGGGUUUAA